AUGGCCACAUCCAUCAUGGCCACCGACGAUCCAUCACUGCAGUCACGCCCGCGCCAGCUGUCGGACUUGAUUGUCCAUUACCCGAUCCUCACGUCUCUUGCUGCGGAACUCACUUCCAUGGAGCUGUUCAACCUCGCGCGUACGUCUAAGGCUGCUUGGGCUAAUAUCGUCGCGUCGAGUGAGGAGUCCUUGCCGAAUCUGAUGCGGCUGACGAAGUGCGAUGGGCGCUUUUGCGGGGAGAGACUACCUCCUCUGGACACGGGGAACGGAAUGGGUAAAAUCUCCAUUUCGGCUGACUUUGUCUGUUUCAAUCACCAAGAGGGCCUUCACCGGGACCCAUGGAGGUGCAAUAGAGACUGUUUCACCUGUCGUGGAGCCGAGGCCAGGCUGCGGCACAGGCUGCGGCACUAA